GGGGGUGAAGGGGUAGGCGGUGUCAGGGAAACCCUACACCGCUGCGGUGGGGAGAGCUCUGCCCCUCCCGGGCUGGGGUAUAAAGCCCUUGUGGGGGCACACGGCCGCCCUGUCCUCCGCCUCCUGCCCCGCAGCACAGCAGGCCUCCGGUGUUCCCUCCAGCUCGGCUCUUGUGUCACCAGCCCUCAGCUCCCCGCCCCGGCACCAUGGCCACGGGGGAGCUGACGGAGCUGGAGACGGCCAUCGAGAAAAUCGUCUCUAUCUUCUUCACCUACGCGGCUCGGGAGGGCCGGACAGGCACGCUGACCGCCGGCGAGUUCAAGGAGUUGGUGCGGCUCCAGCUGCCCAACUUCAUGAAGGACGUUGGAUCCCUGGAUGAGAAGAUGAGCAGCCUGGAUGUGAACCGUGAUGAGGAGCUCAAGUUCAGCGAGUACUGGCGACUCAUUGGGGAGCUGGCCCGGGACAUCAAGAGGGAGAAAACGAGCAAGAAGAAGUGAUGGGGCAGGCCUGGGGUACUCGCUCUGGUCUGUCCAGCGUUGGGGGCACGAAUAAAGGUUCCCCUCUGA